CUCAGCGUUACGAACUGUUGCAUACACUGUUCUGCACAUUGCUCAUUCGGCCACAUGCAAAGCGGAGUGUAUCACGUCAGCGUAGGGGAGACGCUUAGCGGGACGAGGUAACUUCACUGUACGGGGAAUAUUGUCGAGGACACGGCAGACCCAUUCAGUGGUGCUCCCUGAUGGCAGAUAUGAUUUUGUCAACAUUGUAUGGUGUUACUUUGACUUUCUUGGUGGUCUUGGUGUCAUCUGUUUGCAGUGACCCGAAUCCUGAAGGAAGGAACGUUUGCUCUUACACAUUCCAAAAUGAAAGCGGUGUAAAUGUGACGAGAUAUCAAUGUUGUCCUGGCUGGAGACGUAAAGGACCCGACUGCACCAAACCGUGUACGAAGCUAACGUGGGGUCAAGACUGUCGAGAUCUUUGCCGCUGUCAAAAUGGCGGGAAAUGUAACAAGGAAGACGGUAGUUGUCGAUGUGGCCGUGGCUGGACCGGGCCGGAUUGCACUCAGCCAUGCAAUGGAACGCGGUAUGGACCCAACUGUAGUCGACCAUGUCUGUGCCAAUAUGGAUCCCUUUGUGACCGCUUCAAGGGGACAUGUGCCUGUCCUAGCAAAUUACAUGUAACUGGUCACACAUGCGAACAUCGGUGCCCAGAGGGUUUCUAUGGAUCCCGAUGUCAAGCAAGAUGUAGUUGCCAAAAUGGUGGAACAUGCAGUAGUGUAGACGGCUCCUGUUCCUGCACGAUAGGCUGGAGUGGAAAUCUUUGCCAGACUCGAUGUGUGGAGGGAUCGUACGGACAAGACUGCUUGAAGAAAUGCCGCUGUGAAAGGGGUACAUGCAACCCAGUCAACGGAACUUGUAACUGCCCACCAGGAUGGCAGGGUACAAAAUGCAGUGAGCUUUGCCCAUGGGGUUUCUAUGGCCAGGAUUGCUCUCAUGAAUGCGGCUGUGCCCAUGGUGAAGGGUGUAGUCCUUCCGAGGGCAACUGUUACUGUAGACCAGGGUGGAUAGGUAUGCAUUGUGAGAUCAAAUGUACCGGUGGUCGGUAUGGAAGUGGUUGUAAGAGACUAUGUCAAUGUCGGAAUGGAGCUAAAUGUCAUCAUAUCACUGGAGAAUGUACCUGUGGCCCUGGUUGGUUAGGAGAGCACUGUGGUAUUCCAUGCGCCCACGAAACUUACGGAGACAGAUGUCGCGGGAUUUGUGAUUGCAAGAAUAACUCUACGUGUGACCAUGUCACAGGUGUCUGCUCCUGUGGACCUGGUUGGACCGGUAUAAACUGCGACAAGCGGUGUGCUGAUGGUUUCUUUGGGCCUAGUUGUUCUGAAGUUUGCCAGUGCGAGAACGGAGGGACUUGUGAUCCAGUCACAGGGACCUGCAGGUGCUCACCUGGCUGGCAAGGGACUUACUGCAAUGCUUCGUGUACCUUUGGACUUUUUGGACUAAGUUGUCUGAUACAGUGUCGGUGUGAAAACGGUGGGACUUGUAACCCAGUGCACGGAACAUGUACGUGUCCAGCUGGUUGGACCGGAGAUACUUGUAGCGAGAAAUGUCCAGACAGAUUCUUUGGUGUCAAUUGCCAGAUGAAGUGUCAGUGUCUUCAUGGUGGUACAUGCGAUGCUGUUGACGGCACCUGUACGUGUUCCUUGGGGUGGCAAGGUAUGUUGUGUGAGGAACCUUGUCCAAAAGGUUUCUAUGGUAGAGAAUGUAAUGAGGUCUGCAGGUGUCAAAACGGUGCUGACUGCGACUUCGUAACUGGAAAUUGCACCUGUCAGCAUGGAUGGGAAGGGGAGUUAUGUCAGUAUAUCUGUAACGAAGGAUUCUAUGGGCAUGGCUGUACCUCGCGAUGCCAGUGUUUAAACGGAGCUAGGUGUGAUGCUGUAACAGGAGCAUGUUUAUGUUCUCGCGGAUGGAUGGGUUCAAAAUGUGAAAUGGCCUGCCGUAGAGGUUUGCAUGGUUUCAACUGUACUGAAGAAUGCUUGUGUCAGAACGGCGCCUUAUGUGAUCCACAGACAGGUAGUUGUACCUGUACCCUGGGAUGGAAGGGUAUGGUUUGUGAUCAGCCCUGUGAACAAGGAACCUAUGGAGUCCAAUGCCGACAAACUUGUCUUUGUGAAAAUGGUGCCAUUUGCAACCACAUCGAUGGAUCGUGUAGUUGCACGGCAGGAUGGUUUGGGGAAAACUGCAAUAAAUCAUGUCCAAUUGGCUUCUACGGUCAGGACUGUUCCUCGAAAUGCACAUGUGCAAACGAUGCAGCUUGUGAUCACGUGACAGGGGCGUGUCUAUGUAGUCCGGGAUGGUGGGGUGAUUUCUGCGAAAUUCCAUGUCCGAAUGGAACGUAUGGCCACGCAUGCUCCAAGAGAUGCCCAUGUCUACACGGCGCUAGUUGCCAUCGUGAACACGGUACUUGUGUUUGCCUGGCUGGCUGGACUGGUAAGUUUUGUCAGAGUAAAUGUCAACGGGGCUUUUACGGUUUGCAGUGUAGGAAUGUCUGUAGAUGUAGAAAUGACGGUCUGUGUGAUGCAGUUGACGGCAAUUGUUCUUGUUCUUCUGGAUGGGUAGGGGAUGAGUGCCAAGAACCUUGUAGAGAUGGCUACUAUGGCAUUCAGUGUCAGGAGAGGUGUCUAUGUGAAAACGGGGCGACAUGUGACAAGCGCAAUGGUUCAUGUUUAUGUACACCAGGGUGGAAAGGACCAUUCUGCUCUGAUUUUUGCCCGCGUGGAACUUUUGGUGUAGGUUGCUUGUCAGUGUGUCAGUGUAAGAACGGUGCAUUGUGCGAUCCCAUUAGUGGUAGCUGCCAGUGCGAGCGUGGAUGGAUAGGUGAACACUGUGACCAUAAUUGCCAGCCAGGCUUCUAUGGGGACAGAUGUAAGGAGGCCUGUACGUGCCUUAAUGGUGCUUCGUGUGAUUCAGUUAGUGGUGCCUGUAGGUGCUCUGCAGGCUGGUUGGGAGAACAUUGCAACAAGGCCUGUCCUGAAGGCUUCUUUGGUCUAAACUGCUCACAGGAAUGCCAGUGUGAGAAUGGUGGUCAGUGUAAUACAACGUCGGGCUCAUGUUCGUGUCAGGCAGGUUGGACUGGGGAACUGUGUCAGCAUCAGUGCCAGGAUGGACAGUAUGGCGUCGGCUGCAAUCAACAGUGCCAUUGUGUAAACAAUGCAUCUUGCAACGCUGUUACUGGAAUGUGUGAGUGUUUGGACGGAUGGAUGGGAGAGAGUUGUGACCAGCCGUGUAUGGAUGGUUUCUAUGGUAGACAGUGCAGUAGGAAAUGUGACUGUGGCAAUGGUGCGUCUUGUGAUCCCAUCAAUGGGUGUGAUUGUGCAGCAGGAUGGCAGGGUGAGGCGUGUUUGGUUCCGUGUCAAGCUGGAACGUAUGGAGUACAGUGUGGCAAAGUAUGUCAGUGUCAAAAUGGUGGAGAGUGCGAUGCAGUAAGAGGUUGCGUCUGUCAAUCAGGAUGGAUGGGAGACGCCUGUGAGCAACGCUGCGCAGAUGGGUUCUACGGAAGAAACUGCCAGGAGGAAUGUUCGUGUCUUAAUGGGGGCCACUGCCAUGCAGAAUUUGGGUGCAUGUGUUCGCCAGGCUGGCAAGGACGUUACUGUAAUGAAACUUGUCUACCGGGUUUCUUCGGUGCUGGCUGUACGGUGGAAUGUCAGUGUGGGAUGCACGGGAAGUGUGACAAAGUCCUAGGAUGUGUGUGCGAGUCCGGAUGGGAGGGAAGGCAUUGUGAGAACCCAUGUACUGAAGGACGAUAUGGACCUGCUUGUCAAAAGACCUGUCAGUGUGAAAACGAUGCCAUCUGCCACCAUGUGUAUGGCUGUAUUUGUACCAGUGGCUGGAGAGGACCUCGAUGCAAUUACACCUGCCCAAGACAACAAUAUGGAGAAAAUUGCUCAGGGCUUUGCCAAUGUGGAAAUCGAGGCACAUGCCAUCAUAUCCGUGGUUGCAUCUGUGAGGCUGGUUGGAAGGGACCAGACUGUAGAAUUCCAUGCAAAGAGGGAACUUACGGUGCAAACUGUAAGAUGAAGUGUCAAAGAUGCGAGCAUGGUGGCACAUGCGAUCACGUGACUGGAGAAUGUUUUUGCAGACCUGGUUAUGGAGGCAACAGAUGCCGAGAUCCCUGUCAGCCGGGGACAUACGGUAUGAAUUGCGCUUUGGAAUGUCCUCCUUGUUCAGGGAAUGCUACCUGUGACGUCGUCAGCGGCAAAUGCAAGCAAGCCGAAGCAACUAGUCAUCCAGGCUCUGAAGGCGAUGCUGUUAUUACGCAGAAUCUACUCGACGAAGUCAUGGAGAUGCCGCUAGUUAUGUACGCCAUCAUCGCUGGUGGCGCCCUAGGUUUUGUCCUGUUGGUGAUCAUAGCGAUCAUGGUUACUCAGAGGUGGAAUUGUGGUCGUUAUGGCUCCUAUAGGACAAUGGAACGUCCCAGUGAUAUGUUUGUGACUGAUGUAAACCAGAAAAUACAGAUCAUCGAUUUGAACAGCAAUAAUGUUAAAGUUUACGAUUCGUCGAGCCUGGGAGGUCGCUACAAGCGUAACACCAGGCAACCUUUGUCGGAUCCACAAUGUGUUCCCGGCAUUGCUGUUCCAGUCCAGUACACACUAGCCAGUCUUCCAUCUGAUCUAGGGUCAUUACCCACGCCAGUCCAGCGUCCACAACCUGUACCUAGGAAGCUUGCCACGGUUAGACCCACCCGUAGUCUGAGCUCCAUGGAGAAGCCUUUUGUAGACAUUACGCCCCCAUCAUCAGUGUUGUCUGACCCGACUCCUCCUUGUUCUGUAACAAGUGAGGAAAGUCGCGAGGGUUCCGAGGCCGAGACGGCAUCAGUUCGGUCUUCGACAAUGUCAAUUGUUACGGAAAGUUUCAUGAGUACAGAUAGUCAGUACACCACCACAACUGCAUCAUCAACUACUUGCCCGCAUAGUAACUCGAGGUACUACAUCGUGCCUGGCGCACCCGGUGCCAAACGUCGAACACAAAACGGAGAGGUUUUGAUAUGAAACGACUGUCAAACGCGUUUGUGCUUUCUGUACCGUCGUGCAACCGUUGGGGGCGCUGCAAGCACUAAGCAAUAAGUGCAAGUAUGUGGAUUUGAACGUGCUCAAAACAAGACGAAAAGCCGGAGGAAAUCCCGGAGGAAAGUGAUCAAGAUCUCACAGUGACUUGUAUUUCAAGCUGUAAAAAGCCGAUUCUAACUUUGCGCAUAACAACAGUGAAAAAUCAAUAAAAGAUGAAUUCAUUUGAACAACACCAUACAGCUCACCCACAAUAUUGUGCAAAUUGAAUUUAUCAGUUGCCUGAAAGUUUGAGAAGGCUACAUUUAUUUUGGCUAUGGGAAACUUCCUUUUUUUGAAUCAGAAGUAGCCCGAAUGCCAAGCAACCAGAUGCCUUUCAGGAUGUCAUGUGACUGUUUAGAUGAUAGUUUACAGCAUUCCAGAAGCUUGUACAAAUAAAUUAAGUAGAUGUACAGUUUAAACGAUUUUAUAGUUUUUUAAUGUUACUGCAUUAUGUUACUCGAUGUUGGAGGAUUAUUGUUUGUAUAUCAGAUGCGAAUUCGAAAUAUUGUAAAUGAAUAAAGAAGACACAUCCUUCAGAGUCUCAAGAA